CCAAACUGAAAAGUCAAUUGCGGGAAGAACAGGGGAAAGAAACUGAAAUGCGAAACCAAUGCAAUAAACCCUAAACCUUAUUCUCAACUUAGCCUUAGCUCAGGCUAGAUCACGCUUGUAAUGGGGAGCAUUAAGCCCUUGCCAGAGGCUGUUCGCGCUAUAGUGCGUUCUGCCAGUAUAUUGUUUGACCUCACUAGGGUUGUGGAGGAGCUCAUUUUCAAUAGCCUCGAUGAUGAUGCAUCAAAGGUGUCAGUCUUUCUAAGUGUUGGGAGCGGCUAUGUCAAAGUGGUCGAUGAUGGAUCUGGUAUAUCUCGGGAUGAAUUGGUGUUACUGGGAGAAAGAUAUGUAACGUCAAAGCUUUCCCAUCUGAAUGAUUUGGAUGCUGGUAGCAGCGGCUUUGGUUUUAGGGGAGAAACAUUGGCAUCUAUAUCUGAUGUAGCUUUGGUAGAAAUAGUAACAAAAGCUUAUGGAAGACCAAAUGGAUAUCGCAAGGUCAUUAAGGUGUCGUAACCGG